AUGGCAAGCAGAUUUCUUACCGAGCAUCUUUUGAUCACAGGUGUCACUGGAUACAUCGGUUUCCAAACCCUAAUCUUAGCCCUUGAAAGAGGUUAUCGUGUCCGGGCAGUGGUUCGCAGUGAAUCCUCCAUCGACGAGCUUAAAAGGACCCCUGCUGUUGCAGAAAGUCUUGACAAAGCCAAACUGGACAUCGUCGUAAUCCCGGACUUUCUGGAACACGGUGCAUUCCUUCGGCACCUCGAUGGAAUCACUGCUAUCAUUCAUCUUGCCUCGCCUCUGAGCUUUUCGGCUGAGGACUUAAUCGAAGGGAUCGUGAAGCCAGCCGUUUCUAUGGUCACUACUGUUUUGGAGGCAGCUGCCCGUUCACCGUCCAUUCGCCGUGUGGUACUAACAUCUUCAUGCGUGACAUUGAUUCCGUUCGAGUGGAACAUGAGCCCGGAUAGUGAGAGGCUAUAUCACGUCGAUGAUAUCAAUGAAAGCGUUGGCGGCCCUUAUGAAACUGCAAUGCAAGCCUAUUGGGCCUCAAAGGGUCUGGCUAGAAUUGCAGCGAAGGACUUCGUGCGCGACCACCGACCACAUUUUGAUUUUGUCAACCUACUGCCAUCGGUGGUAAUUGGGCCGGACACUCGCCUUGACGUCAAUCCCACUGCGACUCCGGAUGACCUUCUGCAAGGAGCAAGGGCCUGCGUGCUUGCGCCUGCGCUGGUCCCGUCUCUCAAUUCCUCCUUCCCAUUCGUUGGAACACCCGUGCAUGUUGCCGAUGUUGCGAAGGCUCAUGUUGAUGCUGUCGACUCUAAUUUGGUGCCGGGAAAUUCAGAGUUCAUUUUAUCUUCGGAUACACCAGACGGAGUCGUCUGGGACAGAGACGUCCAAAGGAUCUGCAGGGAAUUCUUCCCGACAGAAGUUUCAAGCAAACAGUUACCAAUGGAAGGGUCUUUACAGGCAAUCAAAUGGAGGCUAGAUGCCGAAGACACCAAAAAGGUGUUUGGUUGGGAAUUUGUUCCAUUUUCAGAAACUAUGAGGGAGCUCAUCUCACAGUACCUGCGGCUCGGCGGGACAAAAAGAUAA